ACUAAGUUGGCAUCACUGCAGCCGAGACCCCAACUCGGGGAGCCCAAGUCCCCAAGUCGUUACAAAAUUUUCGAGAGCAAGGCAACGCGCGCGUUUCCCGGCUGGAAAAUCAUUGAAUAUAUAUAAAACAGGAUCAUUUAAAUAUAUUCAAAAAAAAAUACAAAAUUUAAAAAGGAUAAGAAGAAAAAAAAAAAAAAAAAAUUAACGUCAAUUCGUUCUACAUUUGGUUUAUUUUAAGCUGUGCGUUAUUUGUGCUUGUGUGUGUGUCUGUCUGACGCAGUUACCGUUACAACUGACAAGUAUCGAAGUAAAAUAACCUGAGAUUAGCAACAAAAAUAAAAUAGACUAAUAGUCGACCAGAGCUAGCGAAUAGCCGUUUAUUAAUUUCAAAGCAGAGCUGUUGCUGUAUGUUUUUGUGGUAGUUAUUUAUGUAAAACAAAAUCGCAUCCAAGUCAAAGGGCCGACGGCUUUUCACCUGGGAAUUUUCUUAUCAGCCUGCAGCAGAAGCAAGAGCCCCGAUUAUGGCAAAGGAUCCGGCCACGUCGCGCAUUCCCCGCCUGGACGGCGUUUCGCGGCUCCCUAAGCCAAGUACUUUUGGCCUGGCCAGCAGCAGCCAAAACGCCAAUAGCACCGCCACCCAACACAUUCGACCACCGACGGGCACCUCGAAAGCUACCCACAUUUUCCGGGCUCCAAAUGACACGCCCAGGGCGCGACCUGCUAGCUCGUACGGUCCUUCCUCGGCGCUGCUGCGGGACUUUGGCAGCAGUCUGAAGAAGAGCUCCAGUGGCGAGCGGAUCAACAACGCGGUCAGCCUGCUGAGCAAGCGGACCACCACGGUCCUGAAGAAGUAUUUCAGUCCCAAGCCGAGCACAUCCCCGAUGACGAGCUCCCUGCCGGUGACCCCGCUUCCAGCAGGAAAGAGAGGGGUGGUGGUGGCGGGUGACCAUCAAAUGAUCAGCAGCACCCCAAUGCCUCUUUUGAGGUCCGAGACCUUCGUGUGCGACGAGGACAUGGAGACGACCCACCCGAGGUUGGAGAGCACACGGGUGUCCACUCUUGGCUGCCCGCAGCUGGACUCGCCCAAUGAAACCAAGGUUCUAGCCAAGGAUGGCCCCACAACAGCAGACAUAAACCCGAAACUGAAGAGAUUUGCCUCAACGGAUACCACGCCAAUCAUGAAACCCACCCACAACUCAACUUUGAACGCCCAAUCGAUGCUUCGGAAAUUCAGCUCUCUGGACACCACCCAUCACGAUUCUAGAGUAGCCACCAAGAACGCCACCCACACUGUGCAGGAGUCAGGGGCCUUGGGAGUAACUCGGCCCGUGAUCGAGGCUAAGGACGACACCACAUGCAUUUCCGGGAACUCCUCAGAGAUGGGCAAUGUGACAAAGGUGCUAGAAGGAGUUGGAAACGUGACCAAGGUCCUGGAAGGCGUUGGCAAUCUCACAAAAACCUUGGAUGGCGGUGGAUUGUUGGAUGUGACCGGCACUGAAUACGCAGAGUCAAAUCGGAAUGUGACUGCCACAGUUGCGAGAAGCAUCAACAGAACGAAGACCUUCGAAAGAGAUCCGAAUAUCACCAAAACCUUAGCAAGAGAAGAAGAUGCGGGACAGAUUGAGGCCAAAACAGGUGACGAAACGAACUUAACGAAAACCUUUGAUAAAGGUCCUGGUGCCAGGGCAGAUCUUACAAAAACAAUGCCGGGCAACUACACGAAAAUCAUUCACGACGGAGCGAAUUUGACACAGAGCAUCGACCAGCUGCCUUUGAUCGAACACAUGUCCAUUCCAUCGGGCCUUGACAUCCUCAGCCUUAAGAGUUCUGGAGGGGAAGUGGACAAUAUGGAGCAGGAAAUCAACGACACGCUGGACGUGACGUUGACCAAUUUGACGCCUUCCACCACCAGCAGGGCCAAUAUGAAGCUGCCUCUGAACUCGACUCUGAAUACGGAGCGAUUGCUGGACAUCUCCGGGUUGCAGUCGCCAGCGAGGCACAUUCAGCUGCUGAAUCUGACCCAGGAGCUGGAGAGGGUGACCCCCAGUCGGGGGCACCUGCCAGCCGGGCGAAGGUCGAUUCCCCAGCACUCCCUGAUGUGCUUGUCCCCGCAAUCGGCCACCACAACGCCUCACGGAUUGCGCUUAAUAGGCCAGGGUACGCCCCAGCCAGUACACCUGCUGUCGCCUUUGUUGAAACAGGCCCAGAGUGCCCUGGUGCUGCCCACUCGAACGCCUGACGGCGAUCUGACAAUGGACGGCAACCGGGGAGCGUUGGAUGCCACCCUGACCUCUAGUUCGGGGCGGGGAAGGACUCGCUACAGCUUCGGGCUGGACCUGCCAGACACCACCUUGGAUUGCUCCAUCGAGCUGGUAGAGAACUCGUUCUCAUCCUCGACCCAGCUGCAGCAGCAACUCCUUAAGAAGCAAGGCUCCUUCGAUUUGGACGAGAGCCUGGGCAUCCUCACGCCAGAUCAGAUGAAGGACUUUCUGGACUCCCCCAUGCACAACAAUCUGAUGCACAACAUGGAGCUAAUCAGGCUGCAGCACUCGAACCUACAAGCCCAGCUGAGAAUGGAGCAGACUCCCUCGCCGGAGGAACUGCCUCUGGAUCCCAUCGAAAUCAAGUCGGAGAUUGUCAAGCAAGUGGAAGCGGCCCAGAACCAGGUUUCCACUUCCCAGCAAUCAAAGCUGAGCAAUAGCUUCAUCACCAGCGUGACCAGUGUGACCAGCUUGGACACGGGCUACCAAGGGGACGGAGAGAUGUCCCGCCCCGCCUCCCGGGGAGCCUGUGACCACUCGCCGAGCAACGGACCCCACGUGGGCCGGGUGUCUCGCCAACCAAGCUUCCCGCCUCCAAUGGCGGCGCCUUUGCGUCGUCAGGACCCCAUGACGGACUCCGACUUCUUCACCGAGUCGGAUGCCGACGAUGUGCUCCACCGCGGUGGCGACCGUCGCGCCCAAGUGAUCGACGGCCAGUUAUACGGGCCGGACAUGCUCCAGCCGAGUGCCUCGGUGCCGCAGAUGGAGGACUCUUGCAUGGAGUCAUCCGGCAUUUUCACGGACGUUGAGAACCGCUGCGAUGAGGAGAUGCGUCAGCCGGAGCUGGAGCUGGAUGUGGAGGUCGACGUGGACAUGUCGCCGGAUGACUCCACGCAGACCAUGCGAAAAGGUCAAGGCCAAACCAACCAGCAGAGCCAGCAGCAGAAUCACCUGCCGGCGCAGCAGCGCCCCCCUAGCAGCUGCCUCUCCUCCUCCUCGGCGGCCACCACGCUCUCUAACCGCACCUCCUACUGCAGCGUCGACGGCGGCAGCGCGCGGAGCUUUUGCGAUCUGGAAGCUUUCGGCGGCGCGACUUUGAAUCCAAGCAACGACUGCCGAUCGCCGACGACGUCGGCUGCGGCUGCGGCUGCUGCUGCGACUGCCUCUACGCUGGGCCACUCAAUUCAAAAAGCAACGUCGCCGCGGCCACACGCCUCUCUGUCGUCGCUCUGUACGGUGGAGACUUUUCGCGGCUCUGCCUCCUCGCACUCCUCCCUGGCCUCGCCCAAGUCGUGCAAAUCGGCGGCGUCGAAAAGCGCUGGCAAAUCGCGUAUAGUGAAAUCGUCACCGAAAUCUCCGAAAUCCCCCAAAUCGCCCCAAAAUCGAAAAGCUCAUACCCCUAAUAAAUGGGAUGCCGUGAUGAAUAAAAUCGCGAGCAACAAGUCACUGAUCAAAACAAACUACAAUGAUGUGAAAUCGAAAGUGUCCACGACGCGGACCAUGGCCCAGGGCUCGAAUUCAAAUUCGACUUCGAGUCCCAUAUCCGGUUCCGCUACGGGUUCGGGAUCCGGAUCCGUUUUGAGUCCGCGGGCCAGUCCCAAUGUCAGUUCAAGUGCCCGGCGUUCGCCCUCGGUCCAAACGCCGAAAGUGCCGCCAAAAGUUCUAACCGUGAAACGAUCAAGCAGCAGCUCUGCCGCCGCCAAGGUCAGCGCCACGCCCUCCCCUCCCCCGUCAACGCGGCAGCCAGUGGAUAAAGGCUCAGUUGUGCGGGGGUCAGUGGUGGGAGGUGUUCGUGCAACAAAAUCGCCCAACUCCCCCGGCUCCCCCACCUCGCCUCCGGCCAAGAGGCUGCAGUCUGCAACGCUAGCCAGCCGUGGCCGCUCGUACAGCAAGGACAGCCACAAGAGCUCGCACAGUGACCUGAGUCUGUUGAGCAACGGAAACGGCCACGGCAACGGCAACGGCAGCGUGGCUGCCCCCAACGCCUCUGGAAGCGGAUCCCCGAAACAAUUGGCAAAAACUCCAUUGCGAGCUGCCAAAAAGCGUGAUGUGCGCAAUCUGAGCAUAUCGCCAACCGAUCUCGGUCCGCCACCCAAGACCCAGCAGACGUCGAAAGGACAAUCCUCGCGCAACAAAUCAUCUGCAACGCCCACGCCAACAUCGAUACACAAACUAUUGAACGGCACUUCAGCCGUCGCUGCAGGAACUACGCCCAACAGCAACGCCAAGGGAGUGGCACCCAAAUCCGCCACCACAGCCACAAUCAAAAGCCACCAGCAACCGAACAAACUCAAAACCAUAACCAACACCAGAGGCCCCACCACCGUCGGCGUUUCCGCGGAAUCCCUGCGAUCUGGUGUGGAUCAAACCGAACUGAGGGAACUGAACAAUGUGUCCCCUAAAAAUGGGUGUCCCACUCCGCCCAUGGCACGCGACUCCAAGCGGGCCUCCAUUGGCAGCGAGCUGCCCUUCGAGACAGAGGCCAAGCUCAAGAAGUGUGAGGAGCAGGUUCCCCGGCCUGUUGUGGCAAGUAUUACGCCCCCGGAGACAUCAGAUUCCGAUCUAGAGGCUCCCGUUAAGGAGCUCCAGCCCAAUGGAGUGCUCAAUAGUCAGGAGAGUACAAGCCAGCAGCAGCCCAGUUCAGAGGACCCGAUCGAGGAUGUGGGUCCGACCAUCAGCUCGAUAACGGUGCUUGCUCCGCCCCCCUUGGACAUAAUCGCCCAGUACCCCGCCCUGAAGCCGUACACGGAAAAUGGGAUCGUGGACUACGCCCGGCUGGCCAAGUUCUUCGACAACAACCAAUUCGAGAGGCGGGAGGAGCACCGGCAAAUACUCGGACUCGCUGUCAUGGUCCAGUUUAUGUCCCAAGAGCUGGAUGCGUUUUCCUGCAAGGAGACCAAAGAGAAAUGUGCCCGUGCUAAAGGAACUCUGGAGGAUACGAUCGCUCUGCUGCAGCAAACACAGAGGGACUGUGAGAAGCUGCGCGAGGAACUACACUCCAAGGACCUAGAGUGGGCACAGCGGCAGCAGGAACGGGAGCUCCUGCAUCGCGUUGAACUGAAGCAAGCCGAGGAGAAACUCUUCGAGGUACAAAUGCUGGCCAAGAGACAGUUCCGCGAACUGGAGUCCCAACUGCUGUCCAAAGACGAGGAGAACAAACAGGUGCAGGAUGCCUACCACACAGAAGUCUCGCACAAAAUCAGUCUGAAACAAGAGCAGUUGGCCAGCGCCGAGUUAAAGGUGCUGGAACUGCAGUCACGCCUUCAGAAGCUAGAGUCACAUGACCAGGAGAAUCGCGAGAAGCUCAUUCGCAACGAGAACACCCAUGCGGCUCGCUUGGCCGAGUCUAACCGCCGCGAGCAGGAUCUGGCCGAUCAGAUCAAAAGCCUCACCAAGGAAAUUAAUACCCUUAAAGCUAGCAAGGAACACAGCGAGAGGGAUCUUCGUGACCGCUUGGCUCUCUCCCAGGACGAGAUCUCUGUCCUGCGCACAUCCUCCCAGCGCCGCAGUCCCAGCACUAGUUUGCCGGACUCCUCCAGUGCCGAGCUGAUACGUUUGAACAGCGAGGCAGACAGCCUACGGUGCGUAUUGGAGCUUAAGCAGGCAGAGAUCUCCAACCUUUCAAAGGCCAAUGCGGACCUGGUCCGGGAGAACGAGGAACGCAUAAAGCUGAGCAAUCGGGUGGCCCUGCUGGAGGCCCAGAACGAGAUGUUGCGCAGUGAACUGGAGACCAAGGCCGAAAAAGAGAAGGAAAUCCAUCAAAAGAUGGAAGAGCUCCAGAAGGCCUACAACUACGAGAGCAUCAAGCGAACGCGCCUAACCUUCGACAAGGAGGAGCUGCAGUACACUCUGAAGCAACGUUCAGAGCAGCUCCAGGCGGCAGAGGCCAAGUUAUUUGAGGUCUCGCAGGACAGCAGCCUGCUCGCUUCGCACGGCCGCUGUUCCUCGGGCCGUAGCACUUUGGACAUCAGCGGCUCCGGAACCAACUCCUCACCCACCUCGCCGAUAAUGAAGGGCAUGAUCGAGCGUAACGACUCGGUCAGCUGGACCUUGGAGAUCGAGGACGAAGCAUCCAAGGGCGGAGCUUCAAAAAUUGUACGUCGAUCGGGGUCCUUGAGGAGCAACAACGAAACGCCCAAGUUUGCCCCCAUACAGCGCCGUCAGACUUCAGGCAGUAACGGUCACUCCAACGGACUGGCCAGCAACGGAGGCAAUCCGCUCAGCCAAAGCAUGUCGGCCACGGCCCUCCAGAGAGGCGAGCAGGAAGGACGGCCGCUUUCGCGCACCCGCUCCCAUUCUAUGUGCAUCAAGGCCUCUGGGGCAACUUGCGAGUCCCCGCAGCGGAAGAACCGCUCGCGACAGUCGGAGGAACUUAAUCUAUCCGAUUGGAAUGAGACGCGCGAGGCUGGACAGCCCAUGUGCUCCAGUUCGCCGAAGCAGUCCAGCGCCGAAAUGCAUCCGCGCAGCUCGACCAUGAAGCUUAUGACCAGCGAGGUCAAGAAGUUUCAGGAGAUCCAGGAAUCCGCCGGUGAGGCAAUGGUCUCCGGCGCCAAUUCGGAGGACGAAAGCUGCUCAGCCUCCUCGGAGGAUAUGAUGCGCAGCUCCUCUGCUUCCAGCACCGCUUCGGUGGGAUCCCUCACCAAGCGGCCCAAGCAGCCUCCGUCGCGGAUGUCCAUCGAAGAGGCCCUUCCCUGCUGCACGCCCAUGGAGGUCAGCUGGUCGGAGGAUGCUGCCGAUGCUGCCGCCAGUGGGUUGGCAUGACAUGGUGGUGCCUUCGAGGACGAGGCGCAGGCCGUGGAGCAAAUAGCCGAGGCAGCGGAAGAGGCUUACGAGUUAGAGGAAUACGUACACGGGGAUCAGUUUCUGGAGGAGGACGAGGAUGAACUUGUCGUAGGUGAAGAGGAGGAGGAGGACGGCCCGCCGGAGAACAGCGACAGCGAUGAUAGCUUCUAAAGCGCUUAUCCAGGAUUUUGUAAAACAAUUAAAUGCCUAGAACUCAAGUCAGUGGGUGGAAUAAAAGCAUAGCUUGGCGUUUAUAUAGACAUCGGUAUCAUUGAUAAAGAUAUGAAAUACAAACGAUUCGUACGUUCUUAUUCUAAA